AUGAUGGUGAAGCAGAGGGCUGGCCAUCGUGGCAACUCGAUUAGAUCAAUUCUCAUCGGACUAGCGAUCAGUCUUGCUGGUUUUGUCUACGGUAUCGACACAGGCAUCAUUGCCUCUACUAUCGCGCAGACCACCUUCAAAUUAUAUAUGUACGGCCCUUCAAUGGACAAUGUCUCCGUACGAGCAGGCAUUGUAUCCGGGUACUACGCAGGGUCUGCGUUUGGAAGCGGCGGUUCUGCCUACUGCAUGGAUAAACUGUCCCGCCGCUGGACACUACUCUUCGGAGCUUGUGUCAGUGUUGCAGGAGCCGUGCUGCAGACCGCCGCCGUUAAUCCGGCGAUGAUGAUCAUAGGCCGUGCCUUCUCGGGGUUCUCGACAGGCAUGGUCUAUCCGACAGCCCCAGUAUAUCUUGCCGAGCUUAGCCCCCCGGAGAACCGCGGAUUUCUUGUUGGCCUGAAAGGAUUGAUGAACACUUUAGGGUUCUUCGUUGCUGGGUGGGUCGGUUAUGCGGGCUCGUUUGCAGCUGGUGAAUUGCAGUGGCGCAUCCCUCUCGCCACGCAAAUCCCGCCUGCACUUUGCCUCGCGAUCAUGACAUUCUUCCUGCCUUACUCUCCACGAUGGUUGGCCAUGAAAGAACGAUACGACGACGCCAAGAAGGUCAUGUACUCUCUUCACGUCCACCGUGGUGCAGAAACAAUAGAGCAAGAAUUCGCCGAGAUGAUCAGCCAAAUUCAACUCGAAGCCAACAAAAGGAAAAUGUCCAACUUCUGGAAUCUGUUUACUCGACAAUACAUCCGCAGAACUCUGCUGGCUUGCUUGACGGUCAACAUGAUGAAACUGUCGGGGUCCAACAUCAUCCAGAACUACCAGUCCGUCAUGUACAACUCCCUUGGAUAUGAGGGCCAGGCUGUGCUACUGAUCGGCGGUCUGUACGGUUUCAUGGCAGUCAUUGGCCAGAUAAUCAACGUCUUCUUCGUUGCUGAUCACUGGACGCGACGCAUCACUGUCAUUUCCGGUAGUUUCACGCUUGCCGUCCUCCUGGCAGUCCUGACGGCUUUGUCGAAACUUUUCAAAGACGACUCCAACCCCGCCGGGUCCCGCGCUGGCGUUGCAUUCAUAUUCUUAUUCGCUUUUGCGUACUCAUUUUUCUUCAACAGCGUCAACUGGGUCCUUGUCGCAGAAAUCUUUCCCCUCGACCUUCGCGGCGUCGGAGUUGGGUUCUCGGUUUUUACCCAGGCUGUUACGGCCAUUUGGUUGUCUUACGCGGCAUCACUCGCGUUCGAUGCCAUUGAGUGGAAGUUUUAUUUUGUAUUCAUCGCCUGUAACGCUUUUGCUGGAACCAUCUACUUCUUCUUCCUUCCUGAGACGCGCUUCUUGUCUCUUGAAGAGGUGGCCGCCAAAUUUGGAGAUGAGAUCGUCAGCUCACCUACUAAAGAUCCGGAAUUGGAUCAGCUGGAGCAGGAUGCGGCUGGUAACGAAAGACAACUCCAAACCUCUUCGAAUCAUGUUGAGGAUUCGAGAAGAUGA